UUAACAAAUCAGAAUCGAGAACCUUAUCGGCUGGGAGCUAGUGCUCAUUUUCAAAAGCCGUCACGAACUAGAAACUAUAUAUUUAUAAAUAUUGUCUGUUGGAAAAAAUAAGCAAGAAACCGAAACAACCGAGAAGCAUGGAUCUGCAGAAAUCAGCGGUCUGGUUCUUUAACCUUUCAUCGGUGCGACUUAUGCAAAUCUUUAUCGUGGUAAUGGGCGAUCUGUUGGCUCUGUCCAAUCUCCUACCGAAGCACUCCAUGUACAUCUCACGUCCGUUCCUGGUGUGGCAUCACUUCGAUGCCGAUGAUGAGCCGGACACAGAUGAGCCCGGCCAGGACGACGAGGAAGAUGAAGAACUCAAAGUGGCGGAGGAUUACUAUCUCACAGAUGAUAACGAUAGCUGCCAAUCGUUCUGAGGCUCUGUCGUAUAUAAUUUCUGUUUGUGCAUUCGCGUGGGAGACGAUGUUUUUUUUUUAUUGCCAAAGAUUUGACCAGCCUAACCUUGAGUUUCAAUGCCAAUGCCAAGUGCCAGUGCCAGGCCCAUGACGUCACUUGUAUCUGUAUCUGUAUCUGGGUGCAGCUGUGUGCCUAAGGACCCAGCAAGCCCAAUGGACCAAAGCCCCGUGAGCCUCUUCAAAUGCCUGGCCAAAUUAACUCGACUCCUCAUUAAAGCCGAAAAAUUCGAAAGUUUCGACCGACGUUGUCUGGAAAUAAACGUCAAUUUAAACGAAACCUCCAAACAGGAGGGAACCAUUGACUCGGGGUAUGGGCUGGGGGUUUUUGUGUUGCAAAUAAAAAAUCAGAAAAAAAAA